GUUCCUCGUCUUUCAAGGCCAGCACCAAAGCCUAAGGAGAAAUCAAGGGCCACUGAGCAGAAGUUGCUGCCGAGGGUUUUGGGCAGGUUUUUACCAUGUCCUCAUGCCGCAAGAGGAAGCUGCCUGCGCUCAAGCGCGGAGCCUUUGUCUUUGCAGGGCGUUGGCACGACUGGUUACUGGAGUGCAGGUGUGGGUCACAGCCGUGCUGUGCCUGGGGGCUGUUGGCUCCUCGGAAAAGUGGAGUGAGGGGAGGACUGACACCUUCACAGUGGUGUUCAGAUCUGAUUCAGGGCAAACCCUAGCUGCUUCAGUUUUUUAUCCCCUAAACUGAGUCAGGAUGAUUCAUCUGUUUUUAGACGGCACCCACCUAUAGAAGGUGGGUUUGAGCUGCGUGCCUCUUCAUUCAGUCGCUCUAAGUGUGUCACAAUUAUCAGUGCUUGUCUGAUCCCCAUUAGCGACUCAAAAAUACUCUCUACUAUGGAAAGAACUUGCUGUCAUCUAUUCUGCCCCGAGGCGGUCCUAUGCACUCGGCGGGCUGGGGGGUGGAGUGCAGGGGCAGCCUCGAAGCCCCGCCUGGGCGGUGUCUGGGAAACCGCCGGCGGCUCCGCACCUGAUCCCGUGCUGCCCCCGGCGCCGGGAAGCGCUUGGACACUGAGCGAGGCGACGGUGAGGACAGGGACGGGGAGCGGGGAGGAAGCAGAAGGGUUUGCCGCGUGCAGCUCCUGCACUUACAGCUCCUGCGGCUAUUGCCCAGCUUCUCCCCGUUUGGCCCAAGGGUGCGGGGAAUCGCGCUGCGUCCUUUUCCGAGGAAAACGGGUGAGAGCCAGCCCCGACGAGGGUUUUACAUUUUGCAUUACCUGCCGUCUGCCCGGGCCCGUCACGUGCAAUUUUGGAGAAACUUCCCCCAAUUAAUUUCACCUGGACUUAAUGUUUCCUAAGUUUUAACCUGUAAGCAGUGGAUGUAAACCCCAGGGUUAGUCUCUGAGUUUUGGGGAAAGUUUAAUGUGUCUUUCUGAGCUCCGUUUUCUCAGCUGCAAAUCUGGUGUGUCUUUAGCUUUUCAGGGCUGCUUUAGGCCUAGUUUUAUUUUGAGGUCCUUAGGCUGCUUUUAACAGCACAGUGAAUUUAUUUCCUUUAAAAAAAAAAAAAAAAGAAGAAGAAAAGCAUACCAUAGAAGCUAAAAAUAGGAGAUAAAGAGUUUUUAUCUAACCACAACUUUGUGCAUUGCAUAGAAAAAGAUUCCAACAGGACAUGAUGAUGAAGCAGUUCAUGGCCAUGUUAAAGAAGAAUGAAAAUGAGCAUCCCCCACCCACCAAACUGCUGAGUCUAGCAGGACAGCUUUGCCGGGAGCUCCAGAGCUCUUCUCCUAGUCUGGAGAAGCUGGUUGAAGCCAUGAUGAAAUGCGAGAACCAGAGAUACUUUCUUACUAACAUCCACGUUGUCCGGGCUUGUGUGUCCAUUCAUAUCCAAAAAAGGCAACAUGAUGCAGCCUGCAGACUCCUGGAGCAUUGCCAGGCAGAAGAGAAGGAAGAGCUGGUGCAACUUUGGCAUGAGGUUCACUACCGGAGGGUUAUGGAGAAGCAGCAGACAGAUGUUCUGACACCACUGCAGAAGUUCCGUUGCAGGAAGAGGUACUGCACAGUGGGGAAACAAAGAUUUUUUUUAUUUUUCUCUGUAGUUUCCAGAAGCAGAGGCUGCUUUUACACCUCAAGAUGCUGCUUCUUGGAGCUUGGUUUUUCUUGGUAUUUUGACCACUUUAGCAAUGUGAGAAAAUUCCCGUGAAUGUGAAUUAUUCCUUUGGGGUCCUUUUUAAUCCCAUUUUCUCCUGUGUACAGGAAUCCUCCACCUAUUUCCCUUUGUCCUGAAGGUUUGAAGAAUCGAAACUAUUCAGAAGAAGUACGCCAGCACCUGUACAGGUUUGCUGCAGAGGUGACAGCAAAUCCAGACAAGAAACAGAGGGAGGGAUUGGCUCGGGCCAUGAACCUGCAGCCAACCCAGGUCUAUAACUGGUUUGCCAAUUAUCGACGCCGUCAGAAAUCCCGCCUCCUUCAUAUGGAAGAGCUCAGCAAUUCCUGUCCUGAGAGGGCUUUGGCUUCCCACAGAAAUGAGCCACAGGAUAAAGGAUCCAACACUCUACAAACUGCAGGUGGAUCUUGUGUGGACAUCAGCCCUGAGCAAACAGAGAGAACCCACAUGCCCUGUGAGCCAAGAUGGGAGCAGUCAGCUGCACCUCUGUAUAAGCCUCCUGAAGGAACAUAUUUAAAGAUGCUGGAAUCCAGCUGUAUGCAGAGCCCUGAGCUGUAUGAAGCUGGAACAAGCAUGGCUUUGUUCACCACUCACAGCUCUGAACAACCUGUACCUUUUGGCACUGAGGCUGUGAUGGAACCAGGAACCUGCUUUGGCUCUCCUGUGCUGCUGCCUGGAGAAGCAGUGAGCAGGGCUGCUGCCAACCCCUGGCAGGGGAGCUUUGUCCUGCACUCUUACGAGUCCUUUCCCUCUGUGAAUUAUUGGCUGCCCAUGUGGUGGGCCCCUUACAGCACCGGAGGAGUCUCUGGCUCCAUGUGGAGCCCAGGUGUAGAAGUUCCUCUCAGACUGUGUUUGGCAAGCCUCAGUGCCCACCUGUUUCUGCACCCUGUGUGGAAGAAAGCCAAGCCCUGGGACAAAGCCAGGUCCUGGAGGAUCCAGUUGUUGGCUCACUAAACAGCGACAUGUUCCAGGCAGCAUGCCUGCUCUGUGAAUUUUCUGACAGUGGACGGAUGUGACCUGCCUGCAGAUACACUCCAUGUGCCUGCAGUUCCCCAGGAAAUACCCCAUUGCUUCCUUUUUCCCCUUUUUUUUUAAUAGGAGUCUGAAAGGGGAGAGGAAUAGAGUGAGGGAGAAAGAUGGAAGUGUUUUCACUGGUUACAAAGUUUGGUUUAGUUACAGUUUUAAUAAGAAUUUUGCAAAGGAUAGAAGAAAACAAAAGUGCACUGUGGACUGUAGGUUUUUCCUGGAGCUGUCUGGAGCUGCACUGUAAAUGUUAAACUUAUCAAGGUACUGGUUCUGUGGCAGUAACAUAGAUGUAAUCAUAGCACUGGCCAGAUCAGAGUCCUUGCUUACAUCAUGAAGGUAAAUGAAGCUCCUGUGCUCAAAGGAGUAAAAUUUGGUUACAUUGCCUUGCAGAGGAUAUUGGAAAACCUUUUCUCAGGCUUGGAAAAUAAGGUCUCAGUAAGUGCUGGUAAAAUACUAUUAUUUCUUAUCCCUGCCUUCCUGUUGUACUGCAGGGUGUAACUUCUGGAGUGUUCCAUACUCCGGAGUGCCACAGGUGACACAAACUGGAGCACAGCACAAUUUUCAGUGCUAGGGCAUGCCAAAUUGAAUUGGUGUUUAAUACAAGAAGUAGCCCUUCAUGCAGGUUUAAAACUAAACCUGCAAGUUAUAGGGUGGGUUUUUGGGUAUUUUUCUGAAGUGUUACUGGUUUUUAAAAAAUCUGUAUUGCAAAAUGUGUCCCCGUUGCCAAACCUCCAGCGGGGAGAUACAGGAGGAAGAUGCCUCCCUUACCUUUUGUCACAAAGUUUUCAAGUAAAGAUUUUCACUUACU